GGGACAUUCAUAAAAAUUUUUCAUAGACGUAAUACUGCUAAAUUUAUAUUUUGUAUUAAAAGUUUAAAAAUAAAAAGUAAUAACAACUUAGUAAGAAUUUAAUUAUAAAAAAAUAAAGAAUAACAUUCCCAACAAGUGGUGAUACGAGUCAAAUAGAGAACUACAACAUUUGGUGGCAGCGACUACAAGAUUGGUGACGACGGUGGUCCAAUCCAGGAUCACGACAUUGGUGGCAGCGGUAAAAACUACCAAGGUUUCCUGAAGGUGCGCCAGACGCAGCAGAAAACCUACCAGUUUUUGGAAGAAGAUAGAGGCAACGGGCAGUUCUUGAAGGUGCACCAAGAAGCAGCAAGAAGCCCGACACGAGACGUAGACAUUGGGGACACUGAAGGAGCGCCAGACGCAGCAGCAAGUCUCCAGGGAAGCUUUUGUUUUCACCAGAUGAUGACGGGUAUAUAUAUUUUGUUUUAGGGUUAAUUUAUUUAUAAUAAUUACCAGUAUCCUAGCAGUAGUCCACUCAGAAUACAAUAUAACCACUUAUGACUUGAACCCUGGAAUACACUUUGAGCACCUGGGCGAACUAAGGUUUUUUAAUAACAAAUGGAAACUAGUAACUUUUGUAGAAUUAGAAAAUAUUAGUAAUAAGUUAUUAUCAUUAAAGAAUUACCGUAAGUAUACUACAGAUUUAUGCAAUAAUGAGAAUGCUCAAUAUCACUAUUAUAUUUGUCAGUUAUUUUUGAAAAGUUCUAAAUACACUUUCGAAAAAAUUGAAAAAGAACUAGAAGUCUUACACGAAUUGAUCGGUCAUAGUCAUUUAUCAGAAAGUAGACAAAAACGAGGUUGGUUCAAUAUUGUAGGAAAAGCAACUAAAGUUUUAUUCGGCGUUUUAGAUGAAGAAGAUGCUAAAUACUAUAAUGAUAAAAUUUCACAAAUGAAUAAAGACGAAACUUCAGUCCUUCAACUUUUAAAAGAACAAACAAAAAUUGUUCAAUCAACAAUAAUUAAUUUCAAUAAUACUAUUGGAACUUUAGAUUUUAACGAAAAUUUAUUAAAAAAUAAUAUAAAAAAGAUUAGCGAUGAAUUAAGCAAAGUCAAAGAAAAUUUUCAUUUUCUAUAUAUAAAAACCGGCAUAGAAGAACACGUCACUAUUUUAAAUAUGAUGCUAAAUCAAUUACAAUUAGAAAUCAUGACGAUUACGAAUGCUAUUUUAGUAGCAAGAAAGGGAGUUUUACACCCCUCAAUAUUAACGCCAUUAAGGUUAAUUAACGAAUUAAAAGAUGUGUCCGAAUCUCUACCUCAUGGAUUAGAAUUUCCUGUACCAUUAGAUCCGCUCAAUGCAAAUCUCAUUCUAAAUGUUAUCGAGUUGCAAGUUUAUUUCGAAAACAAACGAUUAAUAUAUAUUAUAAACAUCCCUUUAAUUGAAACAAAUUUAUUCUAUAUUUAUAAAAUAUCACCCUUUCCAAAAUUAAUGUCAAAUAACCAGUUUAUAUUAAUUCAACCCUCAUCUAAAUAUAUAGCAAUUGACGAAAGCAAACAGCAGUUUAUUACACUGUCGGAAAUAGAAUUUAAUACUUGUUUAAAAAUUAUAGAAAAUAAAUUUAUUUGCAAGCAACAAAAACCAGUUUCUCUUGCUCAUUUGGCAGAUAAUUGCGAAGUUAAAUUAUUGCAAUUCACAAAUAUCAUACCUGAUAUCUGUGACAAACGUAUAAUUCAGUCAGAUAGAGCAAUUUUUAUUCAACUACAAACCAGUAACACUUGGUUAUUUGCAGUUCCUCAUCCAGAAACUCUUACGAUAUCAUGUAAUAAUAAAAAAAAUCACGUAGAUGUAAUACUAAAAAAUUGCGGUAGUGUCACUAUAGGUAAACAAUGUAAAGCUUAUAGCGCAUCAUCAAUGCUAAUCCCUCAUGGAAAUACAGUCCAGUCCAAUAUUUCAAGUGAUUUUAUUCCACCAUUCGACAUUAGUGAUAAUUGUUGCGAAAGGAUAAAGGAAGAAAAAAUAAACAUUAGUGAAAUAUUUCUCAACGAACAUUAUAGGAAAUUAACAAAGCACAUCCCCGAACUUAAUGUAGCGAGCCAUAAGCUAGAAGAUAUUGAAAAGUUAGGUGAUGAAAUUCUAAAAAGGAAACUUGUAAACAAUUAUACAUUUCCAGCAUCUGUAAUUGCCUAUAUCUUAGCUCUUCUUGCUAUUAUUUUUAUUAUUUAUAAAUUGUAUACAAAAUGUACUAACAAGACAGCCUGUUGCGGAAUUAUUCCAAACUUAUGCAUUAGAGUUAAUCAGUCUGUGGAACCAUCUUCUAGAAAUAGUGAUAGAUAUGUUGCUCAUUAUAAUCGUAAUAUUAGCCAAAACUCUGAAAAUGUAGGUAACUAUGAAAACUCCGAAGAAGAGAAUGUUAAUUUACAGGCGCCCUCGCGCAGACCCAUUGGGUAUGUACCAUCAAGGCGACCAUUAAAAGAAAAAUAAUUUCCGCAUUUGAUACAUUUUUAAAUCUGCAAUAGUUAUAAAAAAAAAUGUUAGUUAAGUUAGAAUGUAAGUUAGUUAUAAUUAGUAGUUAAGACUUGUAUAAUACUUUUAUAUAUGUACUUUUAUUCAUUUCCAUCUGAGUUAUACUAAUUAAUUAUAUAAACAUUUGUUUUGAGAUUUCAUAUCACUUUCACCUCAUGAAAUCUCUCAUUAAGGGGGGAGG